CGAACGAUUAAUCAAGAGUGACAAACUACUUCAUCGGUCAUGAUUCUGCAUCAUGUGCUCCUCCUUGUCAUCCUCUUCAUCACCCUUGGUCUCCCUGCGGGGGCACGUUGUCCCUGACGCCAUGACAGACACGCUGGCCGGAAUUAGUAAGUGAGAGCUUUGAUGAUUUUCUCAAAGAGAAUGAUGGAGACAGAGGUUUCUGUGCUAUAAAGGAAAUUUAACAAGGCGGGCAAGGGUUGUGGAGGGAGUAUCUUCCAAGCAUAUGCCCUGAAGCAUUAACUUGAU